GACGCUCUAGGCACCCGAGUGUCUCCGGUUCUCUGUGGCGCGCCCACGGGCUGCUUGGCCACCAUAGAGUUGGGGUGCUCUCGGCGCCGUUUGGGUUUGCGAGCGGAUCAUGACGCCGCUGCCAAAGCUUGCGGUUUUUGACCUGGAUUACACGCUCUGGCCUUUCUGGGUUGAUACACACGUAGACCCCCCGUUCCACAAGAGCAGCGAUGGAACUGUGCGAGAUAGGCGGGGCCAGAACAUCCGACUGUACCCGGAGGUGCCGGAAGUCUUGGAACGGUUGCAGAGCCUUGGAGUGCCGGUCGCGGCUGCCUCACGGACAGGUGAGAUAGAAGGGGCCAACCAACUACUGGAGCUCUUUGACCUUGUCAGAUAUUUUGUUCACCGGGAAAUCUAUCCAGGUAGCAAGGUCGCACACUUUGAGAGGUUGCGCCACAAGACUGGAGUUCCUUACUCUCAGAUGGUCUUCUUUGAUGAUGAGAAGCGGAAUAUUAUAGAUGUGGGCAAACUUGGUGUUACCUGCAUUCACAUCCAGAACGGAAUGAGUCUGCAAACAUUAACUCAAGGAUUAGAGACAUUUGCAAAGGCCCAGGCUGGACCCUGAGGUCUAACCCUGUGGAUAAGCCUCAUCUGAGGUGUAAAGCUGAAAAGAAAUCAAGAAAGCCUUGUCAGAUGCAUUUGUAAUUUAUUAAAGUGUCCGUGUGUGACAGUCAGGUUUUUACAACCACA